AUGGAGAACUAUACCCACAAGAAGUUCACUGGAGCCCUGAAGCGAAAGCGCAGCCAGGAUGCAGACUCCGAUGACGAUGUGGUCUUCAUCAUGGAGCAGCCGGGCCAGCGGACCCCGGAGCAGCCACAGCCGAAGCGUCGCUUCUUCCGCCCCUGGACGGAUGAGUCCGCCGAGACGGAGCAGCCCCAGCCGCCUCGCAAGACUGAGGCCAGAGCAACACCACCACCAGAUGCCACCUACCACGCCAACAUGGUGCGCAACCAUCACAAGCGCCGCCAACGCAGCCCCCAGGAGCAACUGCGUCGGGAUCGGAACACCUUGGCCAGCCUGCGCCACCGACGCUCCCAGCAGCAACAGCAGCAGCUCAUCGAACAGCAGUACCUGACCAGCCGGAUCCAGCACGAGGCCCAUCUGCAGCAGCAGAUCCGCCUGAGCCUCUACUACGUGCGCUUCCUGCAGCAAUCGAUGGCUUCCAUGCAGCCUCUGCCUCCCACACAGCCAAAGCAGAUGAUCCCACCCCAACAGACCACCACCCAGCAUCCUUGA